UUGCAAUUUCAUAAAAUUCGCGAAUCUCACAUUGAUAUCGCCCAACGGUUUGCCUUACGACAAUGAUUACAACGAUUUGAGCGAUCGAAUGAUACCGUUCACCGGCCGAUACUGCCGGAAAUAUCGUCGGGAGCUUCCCACGCGUGUCUGGAUCAACAUCGUGUACGGAACGGUUAUAACGAUUAACAGGUAGAAAGAGGAGGCGACGCUCGAAUCGAGACGAUCGCGGAUGCAUUCUUCUUAUGAUCGACAGGAAGGAGAAAUACGUGACCGUGUUGCAGCAAGGGAACAUCACGUACGAUUAUUUGAUCUUGACCUGCGGGAUGCAGUAUCAAAAGCCCAAGUUUCAAGAAGAAUUGGAACUCGAGAAGAAAGGACAAUUUUUGGACGCCGAAGUGCCUUGGAACAUGUUGACGAUCAACGACGACACGGAAGCGGCCGUAUGCCUGGAGAAGAUAAAAAAGCAGACGGAAAAUUUGAAAAAGAAAAGUUAAUCGAUCGGGGACAGGAAUGGAUGGAAUGCUCCUAUACGAUUGAUCAAUUUUCUGAUUUAUUUUUAGAGAUUAUCAUAUUUUACGGAAACAACAUAGAUUGCUACUGCGCUCUCCAAGGGUUGCUAGAAUUCGGAGUGGAUGGCUCUUGGAUCACGUUGAUCCAGCCCACGCUGGCCCAGUGCACGGCCUACGACCAGGCGUUCUUCGACGAUUGCGAAGUGUACACGGAAGUGAUGGAGUCGAUCACGAGGAACAACAUCAACAUAAUCAUGGGAUGGGAAUUGAUUAAUUGGAAGGUGGAGGACACGUCAAAGGGUAAAAUGAUCGAAUCGAUCGUUAUAAAGUCGAAGGGCAAGAGCGAAGUGAUGGAUUGCGACUUUUUGAUCAAUUUUUACGAAAAGACUAUCGGCAUGAAGAUAUUCUUGGCGAUCUGUAGAUCCGGGUUGAUGUUCGACGGUCAAUUGGUCAUAGAUUCGGACUUGAGAACGAACGAUCCGUCGAUCUUCGCUGCUGGCACCAUAACCAAGUAUUGCAGAAGGUAUUACAGCGAGUCUUGGCAGCACAAAAAGUUCAACAGAAUCGAGAUCGGCGAAAAAUUGGCGAAAAUCAUUCGUUCGUUCAUCGAAAACGAGCACCAAGGCAAGGAUCCAGCGUCCGUGCCAUCGAAACGUAAAGUCUACGAAUCGAUAUACGUGUUCCGAUUACCAUUGAUAGUGGCCUGCAUCCUACCUGGUGGUUAUCGAUUUCUUUACGUACGAAAAUGCGGGAAAGGCACGCCACGCAAGAUCGCGAUUCGUUACAAUAUUUACGGUCAAGCGCUGAUCACGGGAUCGUGCAAAAGCGAUAUCGGCUACUUCCGGAUAAGAUUAAAUCGGUUCAAUAUGGUCGAGACGAUAACCUGUUUCAACAAAAAGAAUUUCGAAGUGGAUCAUAUGUGCUCGUUGUGGGGAAAACACGAGAGCCUGUUAAACGAUUUAAAGGCGCGAUUCAAAGAAUCACUGAUCGUGGACUUUUUCGAAUACUUUCGGGAACCGUGGGCCCUGGCCAUAUUUUACGAUAAAUUCGAUUGUCUUCGGGUGGAGAAUCGUGCCACGCUCUUGUCGAAAACGGCGAUAUCCGGCCAAUCUUUGGUUAACGAUUGCGUACAUGCUCUAAUACAGUCGAAAUGGGACGAGAUACAAAAGAGCGAUCUUCAAACCAUCCAAUCGAGAUUCGUUGGUUCCGUGUAUCACCAAGAGAUCGAGGAGAAUCUGCUCGAUUUUCUGCAAUUUUGCCAAGAUGAUCUACCUGUGUAUUGCACGCCCGAUAAAAUAUACGAAUUAUACGAAGGCAUCAAGGAUAGCCCGCUGUACAGCAUAUUCUACUCUUGAGCAACCUAACCUCGUCACACCUAAUUUCUAUAUAUAUAAUAUAUAUAUACACAUAUAUAUUUCUUUUUUCUUUUUCUUCUCGAACGAGAUCAAAAUAAAGAAUCGCGAAACGAGCUUCCAAGUAUCAUUUUAUAAUUUUACACUAUGCAUUUUCGAUCGAGACGCGACGGUUUCGUCAAAAAACCACAACGAGCGUAUUGGCAACUGGUCGUGUUACACGUGGACGAACGUUACCGACUUUUAAUAAACGAGUUCCCGAUCCGAGCCCUCGAUCGUUCCAUCCGCGCCUACUUACUCGGCAUGCGAUCCGAUCUGUGGGUCAAGUUUAACAUUCCGCCGUGCUACUCCAUAAACAUACGGCUCAAGGCAGCGUCUACUUGCCGCCUACGCAUCGUGAAACAACAAACACACCGUCACUGAAAUGUCGUGGCGUGCUUGUUUAAACGCAGAAUUCUCUCUCUCACACACACACAUACACGUCAUUGAGAGAUCGUUGAUGAUUCGAUUUGAUGCUCUUUUUGGAGAACGAGAAUCAUUUAAUCUCGAGAAGAGAAAGCGAAGCGCUUAGAGAAUCGAUCGAGGUGCGAAUAGUUCGACGUGAGAAAAUACAUAGCGUGCCGUGUUCAAAUGCUCGUUGUUUGUUAUUAAAUAGACGAAUAAAAAAAUAGCGAGAUAAUUUAUCGAUGCUCGUACGACGUAGAAAGGGAGCCAAAUACUUGAUGGCUUAACGGACCGGUGAUUCAGAACCGGAAACAGAACUGUAUAAUUAACCUUUUUGGCAAGGAACUCGGUUGAAUCUUUCGUUAGAUCGGUGCAUAUCUAUUAUCAAGGCUGAAUAUCUCCUACGUGUACGCAUCGAUUUACAUUUUUAAAUUGCUUAACGCGCGCUUAAAAUCAAUUGCGGCGAAACCAGGUAGGAAUCAGUCGCGCGUGAACCGCGCACACGAACGUUUAUCAUCCUCUCGACCGAGCCGAACGCAAAACUCCAUUCCGCGAGAAAUGAGCGAGUAUUCCUCGUAUUUUUACGAAAGGAGGUGUUACAUAUGCGAACGAAGUGCUUCCUAUCCGAAGAAUCGCUAUGUCCCCAAAAAAUCCACGCAUAGAGUGAGAUUCACCGAGCCGAGUAAGUGGAAUAAAUUUUUAAAAAUCGAGUGGGGAAAUUGGCCACGUGCCGCGUAUCAAUUUUUCCCUCUUUUUAUUCCCACCUCAUAUUUCAUUUGUUUCACGACUCGUUAGUAUAUACUCGUGUCAUAUUUUUAACGAAUAGAAUCGUUACCACUUAAAAAGUAACAUGAUACGAUUCCACAUUACGUUUCAUAAAAAUAUAAAAACUUCCUUCUCAAUUUGCUUUCAUGUGGAAUGAAAAAUAUUACGUGCGCUUGUUUUCCAUUUCGAUCCUAAAUUUGCCACGUUUCCGAGAAGAAUAGCAUAAAAUCGAUGCGAGACGCACGAUGAGACACGCGAUUCAGACGUAGCAAGCCAGACACGACUUUUGUUAUUCCCGUUCCCGUGUAAUCGGCUCUUGAAAUGUAUCCAAAAGCGUGUAGAGUCCCUGACGUUGGGUCAAUGUCGCGCUAUUCUCGUUCCUCCGUUUCGUUCUCCGUGCCCGUGGAUUUUUACAGCUGUUGUUCGCUCCAAGAAUCGUAAAAAAAAAAAAAAAAAAAAAAGAAAAAAGAAAAA